GUCGAUGUCGUGAUUCGGGACAGUGAAAGGCACCGAAAAACAUGUUCCGGCCUAUGUAUGUACAUACGCGCGUAUGGCCGACCACGCCCAGUCCGAAGCUAUAAAUUCAAUGUUAAAAGAGACACAUAUUCAUCACCGAACUCGAAAUAAUCUGAAGUAAGGUCGCCGGGAAUCGACCGAAGUCAUGGCGAUCCGUGUAAGUAGUCGCGGGCAAUCAGUACAGUAGCGUACUGGCGAUACGUAGUGUCUUGGUACUGGAGAUAUGCAAUUCCUAGUCUUCGUUGCAUCACUAGCACUAGCAUACGCUAGUCACCAUCACCAGGAUGGUUACGAGUAUCCAGCCCCCGUAGUUUCCUUCACAGUAGCUCCGCCCCACGCCCAUAGUACCAUCUCCAGCUAUUCUACCUACCAACACCACGACGACCAUGUGGCAGCUGCUGCUCCUGUUGUGGACGUACAUCCUCAUGGUGUGGAUUCGCGUUACCUACCACCUUCAAGCUAUGUACACACGGAUAGUGCGGUACACUCUGACUAUGGCCUGUCUGCCCCAAUCGUCCAUGGAGUUGAUCAUGUAUCAUCUCACCACGCUGAACCCUCAGCACCAGCUCACUACGAUUUCGGCUACUCCGUAAUGGACCCUCACACGGGCGACAUCAAAAGUCAGCACGAGACACGCAGAGGGGAUGUUGUCACCGGUAGUUACACUCUAGCUGACUCUGACGGUACCCAGCGCACGGUACACUACACAGCAGACGCAGUACAUGGAUUCAACGCCGUGGUGCAAAAAGAUCCAGUUACAGCUCAUGUGGUGACCGCAGCUCCUCUAGUCUACACUGACAACCAUCACCAAGAUGUUUCCCAUGAAGCCCAUGUGGUGACUGCCGCUCCACUGGUCUACAGCGAUGGGCAAGCUGUUUCUCACCACGAUGCUGUUUCCCACUAUGAAACUGUCACCCAACAUGGAUGGUGAAGAUUUUGUGCAUAAAUCAAAUUAAUAUAAUAUUUCAGAAUCUUCUAGACAUUUCAAAAGCGAAUAAGUAUCUACAACAGUUAGUUAAAGUGAUAAAUAGACAAAAUAUGACAAAUAUUGUCAUUGUAUUAUUCGUAACAUUUCCCGUAUUAUUACGUUUACAGGUUUCCCUUAACAAACUUUACUUAAGCGUUUUAUUUAGACCGCACACACAAGGGCAUUAAAGCGGUGUAGGUGACUGAAAUUGGUCUAUACCUAGUUUGUCGCUCUAGAACUGUAAAGAUUUCAUUUUCGAUUGGGC